CACGUGUGGUUUGGGAGAUGGGAAAAUUAUCUCCCUCCCGAGUCCUCACCUGAGAUAUAUAACGCGCAAGGAAGAAGGAAAGUGGGGGGGUUAGAAAAACAAAGAAAGCUUGAUUCAAAGCAAGAGAAUUUUAUUUCACUUUCAGAGUUAAAUUGUUGAAACGGAAAGUAGAAAAAUAUUUCUCUCCUCUUAUGAUUACCCAGCCAGCAUAGUUCUCUUCAUGUAGUCAUUCUCUCAAACACUUUGUAAACAAGCUAGAAAUGUGGCGAGUCAGGUUUACAAGAUCAAAACUUUAUGUUUUUUCAAUUUUUGCAAAUACCCAUUUGAAAGCAAUGCAUUUAAAACCAACCCAGUAUCAAAAUCCCAUCUUUGGGACAGUUGGAACAACAACAAAAACGAUAGCUAUUACCAACCCCUUGAAUAUUUGCUUCCCAUUUCAGUUAUCCUCUUUUUGCACUUCAAAUAUUGAUUUCCCAAGUGAAUCGAAGGUUGAAACUUUUGAUAAUGAUGAUGAUAAUGGUGAAGAUAGUGAGGAUUUUGAUGGCAAUAGUGUAAAUGGAUUGAGUUUAAGCAAUGAGGGUGUUACUCAGGAUGUGAAGGUAAUUAUGGACUUAAUCCAUGAAACAGGUAGUAAUUAUGUUGAAAUGAAGAAUAAGCUUGAGCAAUGUGGUGUAAAGGUUUCGUCUGAGUUGGUGGUGGAGGUUCUUUCUCGGGUUCGAAAUGAUUGGGAAGUGGCGUUUACAUUCUUUUCAUGGGCUGGGAAGCAGCCGAAUUAUGCUCAUUCUUUGCGUGAAUAUCAUUCAAUGAUUUCUAUUCUAGGGAAGAUGAGGAAGUUUGAUACUGCAUGGGCGUUGAUAGAUGAAAUGAGAGGAGGGCGAGCAGGGCCGUGUCUCGUGACACCACAGACUCUCUUGAUCAUGAUAAGGCGUUACUGUGCUGUGCAUGAUGUGGGAAGAGCUAUAAAUACGUUUUAUGCCUAUAAAAAGUUUAAAUUUGUUGUGGGAAUUGAGGAGUUUCAGAGUCUGUUGUCUGCCCUUUGUCGAUACAAAAAUGUGCAGGAUGCUGAGCAUCUGAUGUUUUGUAACAGGGAUGUCUUCCCGUUUAAUACCAAGAGUUUUAAUAUUAUACUGAACGGAUGGUGUAAUAUGAUUGGUAGUCCACGUGAGGCAGAGAGGGUUUGGAGGGAGAUGAGCAAGAGAGGUGUUCGACAUGAUGUUGUUUCAUAUUCAAGUGUCAUGACCUGCUACUCAAAAUCCUCUAAUCUUUACAAGGUACUGAAGCUCUUCAGCCAGAUGAAAUUAAUGGGGAUUGAACCAGAUAGGAAGGUUUACAAUGCAGUAAUCCAUGCUCUUGCAAAGGCUAGGCAUGUAAAAGAAGCUAUCAAUCUUCUGAAAACUAUGGAAGAAAAAGGUAUUGCUCCGACUGUUGUUACUUAUAAUUCACUGAUCAAGCCUCUAUGCAAAGCCCUGAAGAUAGAUGAGGCUAGACAAGUCUUUGACGAGAUGUUGCAGAGGGGCCUCUCACCUACAAUUCCAACCUACCAUGCUUUCUUUCGCAUUACAAGAAAUGGGGAAGAAGUAUUUGAGCUCUUGGAGAAGAUGAGAAAUAUGGGCUGUCAACCAUCCAAUGAUACCUAUAUCCUUCUGAUACGAAAAUUUAGUCGAUGGUGCCAGUUUGAUAAUGUCUUCAAGUUGUGGAAUGAGAUGACUGAAAAGGGAGUUGGUCAUGACCGUAGCUCAUAUAUUGUGUUGAUUCAUGGGCUAUUUUUAAAUGGAAAGCUGGAUGAAGCAUACAAAUAUUAUAUGGAGAUGAAGGAAAAGCAGUUAUUGCCGGAACCAAGGACAGAUGAGAUGCUUAAGACUUGGGUUUCUAGUAAGCAAUUGGCAGAGCGAAAAAUGGCUGAUCUGAAGAAUAACCAAUUGCUAGAUAAUCAGUUGGACAACCAAAUUAGAGUUGAAUCAAAGAAAUUUGAUCAGGAGAAAGAUUUUCUCAAGCAACCUGAAACCAGAAGAGUUGUCAGAGAAAGGGGCUUUUCGUUUUGGGAGCAAUAGGUCUGCAUGAUACCAUAAAACUCCACAUUUCGUGCUUUGUGUAUGGGAGUCUAGGCUUCAACGCUGAGAUUCCUUUGGAUACCAUCCGGUGCAUGACAUUCUCCAUCACCAACGGCAAUACAGGAUGCAUCAUCACCUUGCAACUAUUUGAUAAUACUGUCUAAUAUUGUGGUUGAGAACAUUCUUUUUGAAUCAUGAAUAACUGAUUCUGAACAUGCAUUGGUUUUGAAUUAAUUGGUUGCUACCCCUUGAAUGGCAUCUGUACAUCAACUUGAAAUGCACAUUAUCCUUUUAUGGAUGGUAAGAUGUUAUUGUGCUGCUUAUCACAACUGUUUCUGGAUCUAUAUUUGGCCUGAUUUGAGCUAUGAUUUUUCCUGUAACUAACUUAUAACUUGUGGCUACUAAGUCCUAUGGGCAUAGAGCGAGAGGGCUAGCACAAAUAUUGCUCCUGGCAAAAGAAGAAAUGGAUACCGUUUGCUAGAUAUCUUUAGCUCUACUUUUGCAAUAUUUUAGCCACGAGUGCCAAGUUUCUGGAUUCUUGCAGUUCCUUUGUCGUGAGCUCAUCACUGUCAUGCAGAUCAUACUGCUCCUAGUAGUACAACUUUCUGUAAGACAUUCUUGGCACUAAUUUUGAGUUGCAUUUUCAUAUUUUAUGCUUGGUAGCAUACCAUGAGACAAGCAGUUAGGCCUUGUUGUCUUUUGUGUCAUUUUGUUUGGCCUUGAAAGAAAAAGGUUUUAGAAAGCAUUGGAGAUGUGGAAAUUAGAAUUGCUUUGAAACCUUUCAAUGAAAGUUUGCACUACUUUUUAACUUGGAAUUAUGAAUCAUUGUGAAUGAUUCCCAGAACUCAUGAAAUUCUUUAUACUAAAUAUUUUCAUAGUAGCCACUCUUCAGGAUCUAUGAGAUGCCUAUUAUACAUAGUUCAGUAUCUCUAUAAUAUCUUUGGAUCAAUAAAAUUUCAGAUUUAUCUGAGGUAAAAAGGGAAUUUAGAUGAAGAAACCUUUUUCAAUGUGGUGGAAAUUCUUAUAAAUGAGCUAUUUAGGUUUUUAUUUUUUUUAUGCUGUUGUCUUAUAUGUGAUAUGGCCAAUCACACUAAGAUGUAUUUUAUAUGUGCCUAAGCAGUCGUUACUGGAACAUGUGGAAAUAUUCAUAAAUAAGUUCUAUUUCUGCAAGGCCUGGCUGAAACUCAUGAAACAGUGAUUCUGCUUUAGCUAAUGGCUCUCAUAUUAGAUAUAUGGUUGUGCUUGUCUACAAGUCAUCUUGACUUUACUAAGUAUUAGUCAGCCUGAUAGAUGCAAUUCUACCAUUUGUGACUCCACUGGUGAUAUGUGAAAAUUAAGAUGACAUGUAAAAAAACUUAUCAUGUGCCUAAUUAUGAAUGGAAGUGAUAUUUUUCUAACAUAAAUUACCAUUUUGUGACAAUACUUUCUUGAUUUGGCUCCACAAUUCGCAUCUCGUGUUUGUAGAAUUUUUCUGAAUAUUUGAAGAUACCCUUUAAAAAUUUCGUUGUAGCAAUUUUGUAGGAUGUAGGAAUAGACACUUUGAAGGACACGUGCAGACAGCAAUGAUAAAAAAUUUAAAAAAUACUACAAUAUUUUUUUAUUAUCUGAUUGACUUCUUGGUUUCUUUGUUGAAUAAAGUGUCCUAAUCUCUUGCUAAAUUUGUUAAGGUUGAGUACCAAUGUCAUUCUCUUGCUGAAGACAUUAAAAUUAUGCUUAAGAAAUUAAAUAUCUCUGGCCAGUGAUCGUUCUUUGAUGGUGAUUCUGCAUCGGACCAUUAUUCUAUACACAGCUGGUGGAAUUAGCAAGUUUAAAAUAUUGUCACUUGUCCCAUUAUUUAUAUUGUUAAUUUAUUCAAAUGUAUCCUAAUAGGGCAUUGGUAACCAUCUAACCCCGAUGGUGGAGUUUAAAAACUCCAUUGGCAGUGUAUUAGAUGGUUUCCCCUUCUGCAUAUUGUUGUCUGGAAGACUAAUAUAGCUCCUCCCAUUCCUUUGUUCCUCUUUGGCUUUGACCUAGCAUUACGUGUGUCAUUAUGAAGUCUGUAAUCUCCUAGGGUUUUUCAUAUGUCUUACUAUAAAUCAAAUUGCUUCUCUUCCCUCUACUCCUAUUGCAUUGAGGGAAAAAUGAUAGAGUCUGUAAUCAGAUUGUACCCAAUCUCCUAUAGUUCAUUUGCAUCCUUACUUUAAAUCAGUUGGUUUAAUGGAGAGUAAUUGAGAUUUGUUUGUUAAAAUCUUAUUAAUUAACAUGUAAAUUUUUGUGUAUAUGCAUAUAGAGAUUUAUGGAUUUACAUAUUGAGACAGUAGCUAUUUUGCGUAUUCUCACACUAAUAACUAGAUUUUUUUUCACUCAACUGUAUGAACACAGCAUCUUUCAGGUUGCUAAUUUAUUUUCAUCUCUUUCAUACUUGUGUUUACUCUCUCAGGAUCUCCAAAUUCUUAAUUCAUCCACUUGCAUUUUAUAGGUGUGUUGUUUCUUGACUAUAAACAUUCAUAUACUGUUAAUAGUCAUUGACUUCUUGCCCAUUUACAAAUCCUUUAGUUUGAAAGGUCUUCCAUCCAGCAAGGCAUGUGCUAAUGAGACUGAUUAGUCAAGCGUAAUAUAUGCUUUGCUAGUUUAAGCUGAGCAAUCUAUCUUCUGUUAUUGGGAGAAUUUUCUACAAAUCUGAUCUGAUAAUUGAUGAUUAAAAGUAUGGAUGUUGACAUUUGACUUGAAAUCAAGAUCUCAAGCAGCCUGUUGAAAUUAAGUUUAUCUAAUAAUUACUAGCUUUUAGUUUUAUUGCUGUUGAAUUUGGUAGUGAAAUUAAAUGCUCAUCAAAGCUACUUUGACAUCUUGUAGCUUCAUCAUGGCCGAGCUGCCUAGUUGUCCCUACAUUCUUUCACUUCAUAGUAAGUAAACUUUUCUUUUUGCUUCUCAAUUCCAAUAUCACAUAAAUUUAGCUGCUCAAUGUGAACAGGAAUGUGGAUGAAGCAGCAUUCCAUGCUGCAAGGAAAAUGGAAAAACGAGAAUGAAAAGCUGAAGAAGAAAACUCUAGAUUAGAAUCUUUUUAACAUAUAGAAAACUCAAAGCAUCUAUUCUGGUGAGGCACUUAUGGCUCAGAGAGAGUAGAUGGUGGUCUGUGAGUUCUUGACUUUAGAUUUAAUUCCAAGUUAGGCCUAACUCAUUAUCUGGUGCGGUGUCUCAGAUUGGAAAAACUGGUGCAUUUCCACUGACAUGAGAUAACCACUAGCCUAUAGAUUAGGUGAACUACACGUGGAAAACUACAGGGGUCAUUUUCAUGACUUUUUCAUACUUGGAACUUUGCUAGCUGAUGCGUUUUCUUACAUGCCAUCCAUUCCUUUGACUAGUCUAACUUGUGUGUUUGUAUGAUUAUCCCAUUCUCAGUUAAUAUCCCAAACAACUUGAUGUAAUGACUGAUUGCACGUUCGUCUGGGGUCGGAGUUAAAGCUACCCUGGACCUAUGAUGAUAAGCCAAGGAUGAACUUUGAAAAGGCAAAUCAAAAGUCAAGGUUCUCACAACUAAGUAGAGAGAUGGUUUUGACCGUUGUUAUCUGCAAUCAAGAAGCUGAGCAAGUUACCUAGUACAUGGAAAGUAAAGGAGGUUGAGGGCAAGAAAGCUUGAAUUGCCGGGUACUUUUGUUUUUCAUCAUACAUGACAUAAGAUUCAAAGCAUGAAUCCUAUUCUUUGCAUGACAACAAACUGAACGUAAAGCUCAUCAGGCCAAACAAAAGCAUCUUUGAAGGAUAAAUAUCAGCGUCUCAAUAAAAGUUUUGUCGAUAAUCAUAAACUUCUUUUCUCAUUCUUAUUGAUUCUUUAGCAUAUUCUCCCAGACCCCCAUCUCUCUACUUUUGUUUGUCUUAUUAAUCUUCCUUUUUGUCCAAAUUUGGCACCUUCCUAUUGAAGAUCAACUACCUUUUGGCUCAUUAUAUUAUGGAACCCUUGAAGUCGUCUCCCCAGAAAUAAGAAAAUCAUAUUUUUUUUCUUGUCAUUGUUCUUAGAAACCUGCCGUGCUAGUUUUGAUUGCCAAGAAAUCUCAAGGAAUAAUUAAUUGCCACAGUUUUAAACUUUUAAAAUCUUUUCUCAGGUCUUCCUUAGUAAUCAAACAAAACACAUAUAGUUUCAAACUUAACUCCCCGUAGAAUAUCAAUGCUGUUUUUUCCUAGUCCACAUAAGACGCUAUGGUUUGCUCCUUUUGACAUUAAAAUUUCAGCCCGUUUGCAUAGGAAAGCAAACUUCUCUUAGUCUACCUCAUUAAAAAAUGAGAUUGGAUCCUAAUGAAGGAAACUAAACUAGAUUAAUUGAGCACGUGAUCGAUUAAAAACCACGUAAUUUGUCGAGUUUUUCACGAAAAAGUUGUUUUAUGUGUUCUUAGUGAUGUUCUUUUUUGUGGUUGAAUUACCUAUGUGCUUAUAUAAUAUACACCCGUCAUUGUCCGGAAUGAAGGAGUCAUAACUUGCUAUAAGUAUGUCUGAUAAUUUAAACUAUGAUAUGAUUAUAUGAUUUAAAUAUGUACGAAAAUAGAACAUGAAAAUGA